CGCUCUCCUACAGUUAGGACUUUGCUCAUAUGGGUGCAGUUGCCAAGUUGCUGUAACUUUCUCUGUUUCUUGAACGCAGUCAUGUCGAACAACAGCGCGGCCAACAGCAGUUUAGUCAUCGCCCAGAAGGCAGUGAAGCAGCUGCGGCUGGAAGCUAGCGUCCGGCGGAUAAAGGUUUCUCAGGCAGCUACAGAACUGAAGACCUUCUGUUUGCAAAACGCUCACAAAGACCCGCUGCUGACCGGCGUCCCCUCCAGUGAUAACCCAUUCAGGCCUCCCAAGUCAUGUGUUCUGCUUUGAGGGCUGCGAAGGAGAGAGGAACACAUAAACAGUUUCCUGUGGAUUUUCACAAAGUGUCACUGCCGUUGAAGAUAAAGAAGACGACUCCACUGCUUGCAGCUAGUUCUCAGAAGGACUUUUUGACCACAAAAAAAUGUUGCAGUGAAGCAUAAUCCCCCAAAAUUCUUUGUAUUUCCAAAGCUUUUCCAGAAUGAAUCUAAAGUUAAAUAUUGAAUGAGUAGGCUCUACUGCUACGAGAUUCCGAGACAUAAAAUGCAAUAUUUCAACAUGCUAGAUUUUUUUUGUUCAGUUUUGUGAGUUUAUUAUUCAGCAAUAGUUACUUUAGUAGCAUUUAAAGUACAGCAACAAAUGUUUCUUUUCCUAUUCAAAAGUUCUCAGUAAUUUAAUUCCACCUGUUAAUAAUAGAGUUUGACAUGCAUUUAGCUAAACAAAUGUUUUCUGAUCUAUUGUAAGCUUUACAGAUUUGUCUCUUCAUGGAAAGAGAUAUUUUGUUCACUAGUUUUCUGUUGUAUUUCAACUGCUUUUUAAAUAGUUCUCUGCAAUUGUAACAUAUUCAUUCACUGACUUAUAAAGUGCUUUGAAACAUCCAAAAAAAGAGACCAAAACGCAUAACAAUAAAAUUGUUACAUCGUCACAAGAUCACACAGAACAAAAUGUUAAUAAUGUUUCUACUGUCAACUAAGUAACAGCAUUUGUUAAUCAUAACAAAAUGUCAGAUUUGAGUUGUAAAUAUGACAUUGUCAUGUUUUCAGGUGCAAUGCCACCUGAUAACUUUGUACUUGAACAGCAGCUUCGCAAUGAAACAGUCUGCUGGGCAAUCAUUUUAUACACAGUUUUUCAGCAGGAAAAUGGAAACUGGUCAGAGUUGGUGGGUGAUUGAUGAAGCUAAACACAGACACUGCAGCUGACACUGCAAGCUGCUUAACACGGGGCCAGAGAUUCAUCUUCCAGCAGAAAAACAACCCUAAAUAUACAACCAUAGUUACAAUAAAACGGUUUAAAUCAAAGCAUAUUCAUGUGUUAGAAUUGCACAAAGACUAGACCUAAAUGCUAUUGUGAUUGUACCAAGGCCUGAAUAUUGGUUUGCAGUCAUUCCACCUAACAUUACUGAGCUUGAAACAUUUUGCAUACAAUUAUCAAUUUCUGCCCCAGAUGUAUGACGCUCAAUUCAAUAAAAGACUAUUUGCAGAAAAAUGCUGUUGUACAAAGUAUUGAGUUACAAAUAAAAAUGCUCAUCAUGUUUUUCAGA